AUGGAAGCUUGCCAUUUAGCCAGCUUAAUCACAGUGCAAAAAGCAUCAUCAAACGGCAACCAAUCCGUUUCUCUAUUGUUUAAAAUGGUUGGUUUUGUCUUAUCUGCUUUGGUAUCUAGUAGGUUCAAUAACUUUCAAAAGUUUUUAUCAAGAUUUUGGUUCUUUCUCCAAACCCAACUAAGGCUUGUCAACUCAGAGCUUUGGGACGAUGAUGAUGGAAAUCAAGAUUCUGAGACAUCAAAGCUAUCCCAGGAGUCUUGCUUUGACAACAAGAGAGACGAAAGGAAUAUCUGCAGAGAAGAUGUGGAGAUGGUGAUGGCGAACUUAGGACUUUUUUGCAGCAGAGAAAGUGAGGAACUUAAGGAGUGGAUGGAUUCCGAUGACCUUUCACAGCUGUUUGAUGAGAAGGAGCCAAGCUUGGAGGAAAUAAAGGAAACUUUCGAUGUUUUUGACCACAACGGUGAUGGUUUUAUUGUAGCGAGUGAGUUGCAGAAAGUUUUCCAACAAUUGGGAUUGAAGGAAGGACUUGAGUUGGAGAACUGCAGAAAGAUUAUCAGAACCUUUGAUAAAAAUGGAGAUGAAAGAUUAGAUUUUAAUGAAUUUGUAAAGUUUAUGGAGAACAGUUUUUGA